AUGUCGUACAAAGACAACAACCCCCUCCCUUCCCUAAAGUCCAACAACGUUGUUAUUUCGAUAGCAGCAUUCGAGACCGGAUGGAUGAAAAUCGAUGCUUCCCUGGCAAUCGCCGGUCUGAAAGGUGAAUUCAACGCGACGUCGUGGCGAUUCUUCAUGCAACAUGCUCCAUCAAAUACCAAGUUUUGGUUUGAUCUUGGAGUAGCUCAUGAUCUCUCACUAUAUCCUCCCCAAAUCCAGCGCGUCCAGCAUAAAGUCUUUUUCACUACCCCGGCCAAACGUGAUCCAGCUCAAGAUGUCAUUUCAGUAGGGGUUGACCCAAAGGAUGUGAAAUACAUAUUUGUUAGGCAUGAUGGAAACUACAACGGCAUUGUUAUCUCAAUGUUCUUUACAUCCGACUUUUUCCCCAAUGCAAAAGUCCUCUGUCACGAAGAUACCUUGAAAUGGACAUCCACAACAUGGCCAACUGAUCCCGAAGGCGGUUUUGACGGACGCAUAUGGAACAAGGAAGAAUUAGUGCUGCCUAUUGAUGGCAUUCCCUCCCCGGCUACUGCACCAGAAAAGUGGCAGACACUGGGUCCAUUCAAGAACGCCCAUGACUUUUUCGGUGACGGUAGCUUCUGGCUGAUUGAUGCUCCUGGACAUUGUCUUGGAAACAUGGCUGCUCUAGCUCGCAUAAAACGCAAAGACGGGGUGAUCAAAUGGGCAUUCUUGGGAGGUGACUAUUUUCAUACACCAAUGUUCAUCAGUUAUCCCGAUGCUCCUUUUGGCAAGGGGGUCAAGGUAACCUCUACCGAUUCUUUCCAUGAGGACGAAGAACAGGCUAGGGAAAUUAUCAGACAAGCAGCAGAGUUGAAGAGAGGGGAAGGUGAAAAUGCAUUAAUAUGGCUUGCGCACACUGAUGUUCUGGAGGAUGCAUGGAACUUUUGA